AUGGGUCAACCCAAUACAAUUUCUCCAGCAUCAUUAGCAUUGUAUAGAACUAUAGUAAGAUCGAUUAAUCAAAAAUUACCAAAACCAGCACAAAAUUAUUAUUGGACUUUUACACGUGAACAUUUUGAGGGUCACAAAUAUGAAACUGAUCAAGAACAUAUAAAAUUUUUAGUAAAAAAGGGUUAUACUAGUUUAAAAUAUAUUAUAAAAAAGUCCACAGUGGGGGACUUGAAAAAAAAACCAGCACCACCUCCAAGAAAUACAUUAUCACAACCCACCUCUCCUCCUUUAACAAACCCACCAACACAAUAUGGACAACAACAACAACAACAACAACAACAACAACAACAACAACAACAACAACAACAACAACAACAACAACAACAACAACAACAACAACAACAACAACAACAAUCACCACAACACAACCCAUAUGGCCAACCAUAUCAACAACCACCACAACAACAGUAUCCACCACAACAACAAUUUGCACCACCACCACAACAGUAUCCACAACAAUACCCACCACAACAAUAUCCACAACAAUACCCACCACAACAAUACCCACCACAACAAUACCCACCACAACAAUACCCACCCCCACAACAAUACCCUCAACCAUACCCACACCCGCAACAAUAUCCACCACAGCAAUAUCCACCACAGCAAUACCCACCACAACAAUAUCCUCAACAAUAUUAUGGGCAACCAUACCAACAACCACCACCACCAUCAGUACCACAGCAACAACCACAACAAUCACCAUUAAAACCACCACCAUCAAAACCACUUCCUCAAUCACAAAAACCAGCGGGUAUGUCAUCUCCACAAUUACAGAAACAACCAGUUGCAACACAAUCUUGGCAAACCGAACCACAUCAAAAUAAUCAAUCUUCACCACAACUUCAAAAGUCAACUGACAUUAAUCAACCAACUGCACCAUUUAACCCAUAUGGUCAACCACAAAUGUACCCAAAUUUACAACAGCAACCACCACCACAACAGCCACUACCAACAUCGCCUCUAGCCCAAAUGGCAUACCCACCACCACAACAACAACAACAGGUAUCACCUCAACCAAUCAUAAUGAUGCAACCACCUCAACCAUCCCAACCAAUGAUGAUGGCACCAGUAAUGCUACCAGAUGGUAGUGGUGUGAUGUCAGUUGCAAUGAUUAAUAUGAUGUUACCACCAAGUGUUAUUUCAGAUAAUAAACUUAUACCAUCAGCAGGAUCAAUAUUUCAUAGCCCAAAUGGUAAGGGUAAAAUUAGAAUAAGAUUAAUAUCAGCAUCAAACCUUGAAGCAAAAGAUACAAACGGGAAGAGCGAUCCCUACAUCAAGCUCAAAUCAACAAGUAUUGCAUCAUCACAAGUAACCAAAAUCAUCAAUUGUAAUUUAAAUCCAGUUUGGGAUGAAGAACUAAUUGUUGAAAUUGAUCAAGUAGCUCGUGAAGUUAUGAUAUUCGAUGUCUACGACCACGAUCUAAUCGGAAAUGACGAUUUAAUUGGAUUUGUAGGUAUCGAUCUCUCCUUGUUACCCAUGGGAAUUGAAGUUGUAACUCACGAGAAUUUAUCAUUUGCUAAACAUGGCACUAUUCAAAUUGGACUAACAGCUCUAGAUUUCGGGUUAACUAAUUUAUCUCAAAAUUAUUUACAAUCAUAUGUGAAAUGGAGAUCCGACCAUUCACCUGGUUUACAAAGAAAAGACUUUAAACAAAUUAAAAAAGACAUGAGUUCAAAUAAAAAAGGUGCUUUGUCAGGUCCAUUCAUUGCAAAGACUACUCAUCAUGACUAUAAAUUUAUUAAUGGUUAUUUAAAAAGAAAGAAAAAUAAACGUCAAGUUGCUGGCAGUAUUACUCUAAAAGUUGUUGGUUAUACUUUAUUAUUACCAGUUUUAGCUUUAGCAGGCAGUUAA